AGGCAGCCGCAGCCAACCAGUGUCUGCAGAGAGCCUGGCACCAGAACCCACGGCCAUGGGCGGGGACCUGAAGGUGAAGAUGCUAGGGGGCCAGGAGAUCCUGGUGCCUCUGAGGGACUCCAUGACGGUAUCCGAGCUGAAGCAGUUCAUCGCCCAGAAGAUCAGUGUGCCUGCUUUCCAGCAGCGCCUGGCCCACCUUGACAGCAGGGAGGUGCUGCAGGAAGGGGUGCCCCUUGUCCUCCAGGGCCUGAGAGCUGGCAGCACCGUCCUGCUGGUGGUGCAGAACUGCAUCUCCAUCCUGGUGAGGAACGACAAGGGUCGCAGCAGCCCCUAUGAGGUCCAGCUGAAGCAGACUGUGGCUGAGCUCAAGCAGCAGGUGUGCCAAAAGGAGCGUGUGCAAGCGGACCAGUUCUGGCUGUCUUUUGAAGGGAGGCCCAUGGAUGAUGAACACCCGCUGGAGGAAUACGGCCUCACGAAGGGGUGCACCGUGUUCAUGAAUCUACGUCUGCGGGGUGGGUAGGGAAGGGCCGGGAGGGCCUUAGGGAGGGCUCCCCAUGCAGCGCAGUGAAUA